GGCUUCCAGGCCGCCUGGUAGGCCAAGGGCCUGCGCCCGGGACGAAUGGGAAGCUGUUUUCCGUGGACUAGUCUCCUACAACCCGAAGUUCCUCGGCUCCUUUAGAAGAGCACAAAAAUAAAAGAUGACGGAGGGCCGUCGAUGCCAAGUACAUCUUCUUGAUGACAGGAAGCUGGAGCUCCUAGUACAGCCCAAGCUUUUGGCCAAGGAGCUUCUUGACCUGGUGGCAUCUCAUUUCAACCUGAAGGAGAAGGAAUACUUUGGAAUAGCAUUCACAGAUGAGACGGGACACUUGAACUGGCUCCAACUAGAUCGAAGAGUCCUGGAACACGACUUCCCCAAAAAAUCUGGGCCUGUGGUUCUGUACUUCUGUGUCAGAUUCUACAUAGAAAGCAUCUCUUACCUGAAGGACAAUGCCACCAUUGAGCUCUUCUUCCUGAAUGCCAAGUCCUGCAUCUACAAGGAGCUUAUUGAUGUUGACAGUGAAGUGGUGUUUGAAUUAGCUUCCUACAUCUUACAGGAAGCAAAAGGAGAUUUCUCUAGCAAUGAGGUGGUGAGAAGCGACCUGAAAAAACUGCCAGCCCUUCCCACCCAAGCCCUGAAGGAACACCCCUCCCUGGCCUACUGUGAAGACAGAGUCAUUGAGUACUACAAGAAGCUGAAUGGCCAGACGAGAGGACAAGCAAUUGUGAACUACAUGAGCAUCGUGGAGUCGCUCCCCACCUACGGCGUUCACUACUAUGCCGUGAAGGACAAGCAAGGGAUACCGUGGUGGCUGGGACUGAGCUACAAAGGAAUCUUCCAGUAUGACUACCAUGAUAAAGUGAAGCCAAGGAAGAUAUUUCAAUGGAGGCAGCUGGAGAAUCUGUAUUUCAGGGAAAAGAAGUUUUCCGUGGAAGUUCAUGACCCCCGCAGGGCUUCGGUGACCAGGAGGACUUUUGGGCACAGUGGCAUUGCUGUGCACACGUGGUAUGCAUGUCCGGCAUUAAUCAAGUCCAUUUGGGCGAUGGCGAUUAGCCAACAUCAGUUCUAUCUGGACAGAAAGCAAAGUAAGUCCAAGAUCCAUGCCGCACGAAGUCUGAGCGAGAUCGCCAUUGACCUAACAGAAACAGGGACGCUGAAGACCUCAAAGCUGGCCAACAUGGGGAGCAAAGGGAAGAUCAUUAGCGGCAGCAGCGGGAGCCUGCUGUCCUCAGGUUCUCAAGAAUCAGAUAGCUCGCAGUCGGCCAAGAAAGACAUGCUGGCUGCCCUGAAAUCCAGGCAGGAAGCUCUGGAGGAGACGCUGCGCCAGCGGCUGGAGGAGCUGAAGAGAUUGUGUCUCCGGGAAGCUGAACUCACAGGCAAACUGCCUGUUGAAUAUCCCCUGGAUCCAGGAGAGGAGCCACCCAUUGUUCGGAGAAGAAUUGGAACAGCUUUCAAGCUGGAUGAACAGAAAAUCCUGCCUAAAGGAGAGGAAGCCGAGCUGGAACGUCUGGAGCGAGAGUUUGCCAUUCAGUCCCAGAUCACUGAGGCCGCCCGCCGCCUCGCCAGUGACCCCAAUGUCAGCAAGAAACUGAAGAAGCAAAGGAAAACCUCCUAUCUGAAUGCACUGAAGAAGCUGCAGGAGAUUGAAAACGCGAUCAACGAGAACCGAAUCAAGUCAGGGAAGAAACCCACCCAGAGGGCUUCACUGGUCAUAGACGAUGGAAACAUCGCCAGUGAGGACAGCUCUCUCUCUGAUGCCCUUGUUCUUGAAGAUGAAGAUUCUCAGGUUACCAGCACAAUAUCCCCCUUACAGUCUCCACACAAGGGACUUCCUCCUCGGCCACCAUCUUCGCACAACAGGCCUCCUCCCCCGCAGUCCCUGGAGGGACUCAGGCAGAUGCACUAUCACCGCACGGACUAUGACAAGUCACCCUUAAAGCCCAAAAUGUGGAGCGAGUCUUCGUUAGACGAGCCUUAUGAGAAGGUGAAGAAACGCUCUUCCCAUAGUCAUUCCAGCAGCCACAAGCGCUUCCCCAGCACGGGAAGCUGUACUGAGGCGGGAGGAAGCAGCUCCUUGCAGAACAGCCCCAUCCGAGGCCUCCCACACUGGAACCCCCAGUCCAGCAUGCCGUCCACCCCAGACCUGCGUGUCCGGAGUCCCCACUAUGUUCAUUCCACAAGGUCAGUGGACAUCAGCCCCACAAGACUGCAUAGCCUAGCACUGCACUUUCGGCAUCGGAGCUCCAGCUUGGAGUCCCAGGGCAAGCUCCUGGGUUCAGAGAAUGACACCGGAAGCCCCGACUUCUACACCCCGAGGACUCGUAGCAGCAAUGGCUCAGACCCCAUGGAUGACUGCUCCUCGUGCACCAGCCACUCGAGCUCAGAGCACUACUACCCGGCACAGAUGAACGCCAACUACUCAACGCUGGCUGAGGACUCGCCAUCCAAAGCGCGGCAGCGACAGAGGCAGAGGCAGCGGGCAGCAGGCGUUCUGGGCUCGGCGAGCUCCGGCAGCAUGCCCAACCUGGCCGCGCGCAGCGGGGCUGCGGGCGCGGGCGGCGGCGGCGUGUACCUGCACAGCCAGAGCCAGCCGAGCUCGCAGUACCGCAUCAAGGAGUACCCACUGUAUAUCGAGGGCAGUGCCACACCCGUGGUGGUGCGCAGCCUGGAGAGCGACCAGGAGGGCCACUACAGCGUCAAGGCGCAGUUCAAGACCUCCAACUCCUACACGGCUGGCGGCCUGUUCAAGGAGAGCUGGCGCGGGGCUGGGGACGAGGGCGACGCAGGCCGCCUUACGCCCUCCCGCUCCCAGAUCCUGCGGACUCCUUCGUUGGGGCGUGAAGGCGCCCACGACAAAGGCUCUGGCCGUGCUGCGGUGUCAGACGAGCUGCGCCAGUGGUACCAGCGCUCCACAGCCUCGCACAAGGAGCACAGCCGCCUGUCGCACACCAGCUCCACCUCCUCGGACAGCGGCUCCCAGUACAGCACCUCUUCCCAGAGCACCUUCGUGGCGCACAGCAGGGUCACCAGGAUGCCCCAGAUGUGCAAGGCCACGUCAGCUGCCUUACCUCAAAGCCAGAGAAGCUCAACACCGUCAAGCGAAAUUGGAGCCACCCCACCAAGCAGUCCCCACCACAUCCUGACCUGGCAGACGGGGAGCUACAGUGACAGCUGCUUCCUGGAUUCAUCCCUUUAUCCAGAGCUAGCUGACGUCCAAUGGUACGGGCAGGAAAAAGCCAAGCCUGGAACCCUCGUGUGAGCCGGCCGGGCCUGAUCUGACCGCCGCCGCAAUGCCAUUCUGAGUCACCUCACUGCCUCUCAUUUGCCUUACCCAGACGCACUGUCACCUGCACCAGCUUUGGCCCUCAGCACUUUUUUUUCCUCCCGUCUCCACAUCCCCUUCAUCCUCAAAAACCUGACUGAGGAGACAUUCUGGAAGGUUCCGAUCCCACUGUGUGUCCCCUAGCUCUCUUGCCCAGAGAGCUGGACAAUAAUCCUCAGUGACACCUUGGUGGUUUCCCUCUGCCGUUGACAGCCCCAGGCCAGGAACUGUCAGGGAAGCCAACACAUGCAAUUCCUGUGGAAGAGAAGCGUUGGUAAAGAAUGGGAAAAAGAAAGACCUACCUGUGUGCAGAGACUCUGAAGCUGUGUCCAGCUGCCGCCCUAGGCCAACCAGGUGCUUCAAGGGGAUAUUCAGUUUACAUCUGAAGUAUUCUGUAGUGAACCAGCCAGCGAGAGCACCUAGCAGGAAGGGUGAGAGAGAAAAGGAAGACGGACACUUCAGAGACUCAAUGGAGGAUCACAGUUGGUUCUAUGCUGCCAAAGAUUAGACACAGUCAACAAUAAACAAAUAGGAGGCGCCGAGAGGAACACACUUUCUCUGCAGUGAAAUUUCAUUUCAACUCUAAACUGCUUCUAUGCAGCACAAGUGGAAAGUCAACCAUUUGUAAAUCAUGUCCUGUCAUGACCCGUAGCACUCUGCUUCUCCCUACCUGAGAGCCCGGAAACAAACCCGAUGGGACAGUGAAGAUGAAGGAGGCUUGGCGGGCCUGGCAGACUCAGAAUCUCUAUCUGCCUGGACAUGCAGAACAGAGGUUGGGAGGAGGAGCAGGGUACCAUUAGAACUGCCCUAUGUAGGGGCCUCGGCCAGUGCCCCAAAGCUUCUUUCCUUCUGGGAAUGGAAGCUCAAGGUGACCAGUGCCAAAAGUAGUUCUGUCCCAUUAAAACAACCAGUAAACGUGUAACCUUUCUGUUUUUGUACAAGGUGUUCCAUUUUCUUUUGUAUGGGAAACCAAGGGAAAAAGCACACUGCAAUACAGUCAGGUGUUUUACUGUUGUUGGCUCAUUUUAUGUUAACACUUGUGUGACAAAGAACUCGGAUGGACCUCUCCUAUGUGUCACUUAGUCAAAGAACCCAAGUAUGCCCUUAGGUAGGAAGCUUUUUUACAUGUGUCUACCAGAUGGCAGGCAAAGCAGAGUUGAAAUAACUCAGCUUCCAAAGGGCCCAUCCACCUCCAGCAGUAUCCAUGACCUUGACUUUGACUGACCACCACUGUCCACAGAUACCAAGAGGAUAAAAGGCAAAAAAAAAAAAAAAAAAAAAAAAAAAAAGCAUGCGUGCAAUCUGCUUGUUUACAUGUGUUUUGAGCUACGCUUAACACACAACCAAAAAGCCAUCAAUGUUCAAAGGCCUCAGAAUUACCUUUAUAAUAACUAACCCGUGCACAGUCUUAGUUGGGUUACUCAAGAUGGCACAGAAGAGUCUCCUUGGAAGUAGUGCAUGUUAGUGCCGAGCGGGGUCGCCUCUGUAAUGACUUCCGGUGGUAAGGGUAUCCAGGAACAAGAGCCAGGGUGGGAGGACUUUUGUGGGAAAGCAGAUCUAAAAGUUAGCCAUGGCAUCAAAAGAAAAACCUUUGUUUUUCAUGUAUGUAAACCCAAGAACAACAGACUGCCAAAGCAGGAAGUAAGAAAUGGACACCAGAAAGAAGUGGCCCAACCUGUUGCUCACUCCACUGUGGCUUAAACAACUCUGGAAGUCAAGUGGGAACUCACACCAGGCAGGAACAUUCAUACCAUACAGCCAAAGGCCUCCUGCACCAUUUUUUCCAAGGCCCAUUCAAGGCUGGCUUGAGGAUUCUAGCUUCCAGAAGCAGCACUCUUCCUGGAUACCUCACGGGAAACCCUGUAACAUUGGUAGGAACUGGAUAUGAUGGUACAAAAUCAACCUGGGGCUUGAUGGAGACAAGGCUACCUUUUUUUGCUCCUCGUAUGAUAACAGGAGCUAUAAAAAGCAGAUUUGGGGAUAUUUUUUUUUCCUUCCUUACCUAGUAGAAAAUGUGACACAGUGUGUCAAGUUUUCUUUCUUCCAAAAGGAGAUGCCUGAAUAAUUAGAACGAACUAUGGUGCAACAGGAAAAGUCCAAAGGGAAAUAAAGAGUAAGACAAGGUUACAUGGUUACAGGAUAUAACAUAGCAGUUUGAAAAUCAAUUCUGAAGUCCUCCGGAGCAAAUGAGAGAGGCAGAAAGAAUCUAAAUGUAAUAGAUUUGGGGAGCAGAGGGGAAUGGAAUGGGAGCUGUGAACACCAUCACGAUAGUCUGGCAGUAAGGACAGAGAUUAAGUAAAACAGGUUUUACUGUUUAGCUGUGUUCAGUUAAUACAAUGUACAUAAUAAGCAUUAGUCCUUUGAGACUGAUAUGAUAAAUGGUCGGUGUGGUGAUAAACGCUCUAGGUAUCGUCUUCAAGCACCUGCAAACUCUUUACAGAUCCCUAUUUCUUUAAAGGAAGAUGAAAUAUGAAGCCCCCAAUCUGAUCUAAGGCCCCUAUUGGAUUCUUUGGAUACAUGUAAGAAAUUGCCUGUUUCAGCCAGAAGACUAUAUUGUGAGCCAGGUUGGUUUAUUUUGCUAUAUGCAGGUGAGUGUUGAAACUGUUAAAAUCCCAAUUUGUUUUCAUUCAGUAUUAGUUUAGUUCUAUAUAUAUAUAUAUAGCAAACCUCAUCCAGGUGCUAUCAGAUGACCAAUUACUGCUUAGUUAACUAGGUGUAAAGUUUUACAUAUCCAUUCAUGUCAAUAGUUUAUUACAAGUUGUGUAAAAUUGACUCUAGUUUAAUAACGGGGAAAAGAUUAGGUUGCUCCUGAAACUGACUGUAGAGCAUGUAAAAUGAUUUUACUGGAUUCUGUUCAACUGUAAUCAAUGAAAAAGAUGUAUGUUGUAGACAAAGUUGCAGAAUUAAAAAAAGAAAUCUGCUUUUAAUUUAUUCUUUUUGUAUUAAGAAUUUGUAUAGUACCUUUACAUUUUGCAGAACAGUGUUGUCAACACUUAU